AUGACUACAACCUCGCCCUCCCUCCCCUCCGCUCCCCCCAUCCCCGUAUCCCCAAUCAUCACCCUUCAACCCCCGCUCUCCCGCUGCGGUGAAGGCCCAGGCCUGCUCCUCAUCCGCCCCGUCCACCUGGUAACUUGCCAGGCAAACAACACCACGCUCGACCCAGCCCCGAUCCAGAAAUGGGCCGAGGAGAGCUACACCGUGGUGGAGAUUACCCUCGACGCUGCUCGCAGCGGCGACGCGGCGGGUGUAGCGGAUGCUAUCUCCGCCGCUGUACUGGCGCUGUCCGGAUUCGCGCAGUGCAGUGGGAGCGGUGAUAAGUUUGGGGUCCUGGUCUACGGCUCCCCACACGACUACGCCCCCUCCUUCCCCCAGCUCCUCCAACAAUCCCUUACAGCUCGCACCCCCGAAACGCCAGUCCCCGUGGCAGCAAUCUACUUCAGCCAAUGGGCGAAUCCACCCACCACCCUCCCAGCUCUCUUCCACCUCCCCGCGGGACAAACCCUCCCAGAGAGUACUAACACCACGAAGAUCCACCACUACCCCGACACCCCCUCGCCCGGGUUCAUCAUCCCAGGCCACGCGGACUUCACGCCCAGCGCCGCGGGGGUCGCGCACACGCGGUCCCUGACCUUCCUCAAGCCCCGGAUGGGCGGGCCGUACUUUGACCUCGAGCAGAUCUGGGAGGAGCACACGCACCACGAGUUCGGGGACCGGUCGGUCGAGAGGACCAUGGCGACGAUGGUGCAGGAGCCGUAUGUGAAUCAUAUUCCGACUAUGACAGGCGGAACCGGCCGCCCGGCCCUAACCCGCUUCUACGAGCGGCACUUCAUCUUCACCAACCCGGCGGACACGUCCCUCGAACUGAUCAGCCGCACCGUCGGCGUGGACCGCGUCGUCGACGAGUUUAUUUUUUGUUUGACGCACGACACAGUCGUCGACUGGCUGGUCCCUGGCAUCCCGCCCACCGGCCGCCCGCUCCGCGUCCCCUUCACCGCCGUCGUUAAUAUCCGCGGUGAUCGGCUGUAUCAUGAGCAUAUCGCCUGGGAUCAGGCGACUGUGCUGCGGCAGUUGGGGCUGUUGCCGGAGUAUCUCCCUUUUCCGUAUGCGGUGCCUGCGGGGGAGGGCGAGGGGGAGAAGCUGGCGGCGGGGAGGAGAUGGGAGUACCGGGUGCCGGCGGCGGGGGUGGAGACUGCGCGGAAGUUGCGGGGGGAUCCUGGGGUGGCGUCGAAUGGGAUGAUGGGGUUUGAGGAACAAACGCAAACUUACAACUUCAGCAAUAUCCGCUACGCUGCGCCACCGAUGGGGUCCCUUCGCUUCCGACCAUCGAUCCCCCCAGCUCAGGUAAACCGGUCGGUAGUGCAGAACGGAGCACAGGGCAGGGUGUGUCCGCAGGCUACGUUGAAGUGGGAGGAGGAGGUUAUGCCCGGGUUUGUGGCCGAGGUGUUGUCUUCUGCAUCGGCUGCAGUUUCGCCAUCAGCAUCAGUAGAAGGGGGAGCAGCAUCAAGUCCCGCGAGGGAAUAUUCUCCCUUCGCCGGGUCGAUAGGGGGCGACGAGAGAGUGACUGAAGACUGCCUGUUCUUGGAUGUUGUUGUUCCCAAGGCAAUUUUUGAGCAGAAAACUCUUCAGCAGAAGCAGAAACAAGGCAAUGGGCUGGCUCCGGUCCUGGUCUGGAUUGAUGGUGGGGGAUAUAUCUCUGGCGACAAGUCGGAGCAGAACCCCUUGGGUUUGAUGCAACGCAGUAUGCUCGACGAGGAUGGGAUUGUUUAUGUUGCAAUCAAUUAUCGGCUAGGAGCUUUCGGCUGGUUGUCGGAUGGCAAUGGAACCACUGCUAAUGCUGGUCUCUACGACCAAAAUCUCGCACUGAAGUGGGUGAAGCGAUAUAUCGACAUGUUUGGUGGAGAUCCAGAUCGCAUCACCGUCAUGGGCCAGUCGGCUGGUGCAGGAUCUAUCGUUCAUCAGCUGGCCGCUUAUGGAGGCAACAGGGACGCAAGAGACAUCCCCUUUCGCCAGGCCAUAAUCCAAAGUCCAAUGUGGUAUCCCUUGACGGUAAACCAGCAAACGUCAGCGCGAGACGCAUUCCUCGAACUGCUGAAUGUCUCAUCCAUUGAAGAAGCACGAUCUCUUCCAUCGGAUCAGUUGAUUGCGGCCAAUGCUGAUCAAAUCGUGAACACCCCCGUCUACGGAACCUUCACUUAUGGACCGGUCGUGGAUGGAUCACUCAUCAAAAACCUACCGAGUAACAUCUUGCUCGACCCCGACUUCGAAUGGCAGGAUCUUCGCAUAAUGACAGGCCAUGCCUCCAACGAAGGCCUCAUCUUCACUCCACCGGCAGGAGUGAACAGCUCGGCCUAUUCGACCAUCCUGAGCGACUUUCUCCCGAAUCUGGGUCCCGAGUUGGCGGAGGAUAUCGCCGAAACGCUCUAUCCACCCAGCUUCAACACCUCAGCAGCCAUUCUAGGUUAUAGCGAUGCGCUUGGAAGGUUGACUCUGACAAUCAGCGACGCUUUCUUCCGAUGCAAGAACCUGUACCUGAGCACUGCCUUGGAGACCGUAUACGGGUACAGUUUCGCUGUGGCUCCAGGACUGCACUCGGAAGAUCUAUACUUCACCUUUUAUGACCCUACAAGCCCUGACCCAAGCGUUGUCGAUGUCGACGUUGCUUUGGUCAUGCAGGAUUAUAUUGUUUCUUUUGUGCAAGAGGGGCAGCCCUCUUCUUCCGUUGCCGAUGCGAUAGCCUGGAACUCUUAUUGGCCGCAGGGCCAAGUCUUGAACAUCCGAGCAGGUAAUAUAUCAAGCGUCCCAGAUCCGGUGCACAUGGAUCGAUGCCAGACGUGGUGGAAUAUCACCGGCUGA